GCGUCUGGUGUCAGUAAAGUGACGUCACAGUGCAAGCGUUUUGGAGAAGGUGUGGACAUGGGAAGAUAGUGGAUUUUUUAAUUGCUUCAUCAAAUGAUGCGUUUUUUAUAUAGGUAGCGGGGAAGUUUCGGGUUUUCCGGAAUCCUGUAGUUUUUCCUAGGUGCUAGUAACUUUUCUCAGUACGGUUUGAGCGGGUUAUCGUGCCCCCUGCUCCGGAGUGUUUUGUGUUGAAGAAGAUUUCAAGAUGGCGGCGCAUAAUUUGGCCCCUAGUGUAAACUGCUCGUUGGAUGACAUCGAUUUAAACGCUCUAAAGGAUCCGGCAGGCAUUUUUGAGCUGAUUGAAGUUGUUGGAAAUGGGACCUAUGGCCAAGUAUACAAAGGUAGACACACGAAGACUGGCCAGCUUGCCGCUAUUAAGGUUAUGGAUGUUACAGAGGAUGAGGAGGAUGAAAUCAAACUAGAGAUAAAUGUGCUGAAGAAAUAUUCAAAUCAUAGAAAUAUAGCAACAUACUAUGGGGCAUUUAUCAAGAAAAGUCCGCCAGGGAAGGAUGACCAGCUGUGGCUCGUUAUGGAGUACUGUGGCGCUGGCUCAGUAACAGAUCUGGUGAAAUCUACCAAGGGACAGAGUUUAAAAGAAGAGUGGAUAGCUUACAUCUGUAGAGAAAUCCUUCGUGGUCUCAGUUACUUGCACUCCAACAAGGUGAUCCAUCGAGACAUCAAAGGGCAGAAUGUGUUGCUCACAGACAAUGCUGAGGUCAAACUCGUUGACUUUGGUGUGAGUGCACAGUUGGAUCGCACGAUCGGACGGCGCAACACAUUCAUCGGUACGCCGUACUGGAUGGCACCUGAAGUGAUAGCAUGCGAUGAAAACCCAGAUGCGACAUAUGACAACCGAAGUGACCUCUGGUCUCUGGGUAUCACGGCUCUUGAGAUGGCCGAAUCUCAGCCCCCUUUAUGUGACCUUCAUCCUAUGAGGGCACUCUUCCUUAUUCCCAGGAACCCUCCGCCUAGACUGAAAUCAAAGAAGUGGGCCAAGAAGUUCCAUGGUUUCAUUGAGACGGUCCUUGUGAAGGACUAUCACCAACGCCCGUACACGGAACAACUUCUAAAGCACCCAUUCAUCCGGGACCAGCCGACCGAACGGCAAGUUAGGAUACAUCUCAAAGACCAUAUUGAUCGCUGCAAGAAGAGGAAACAGGAGAAAGAACGAGAGGACUACCGGUAUAGCGGAUCGGAGAAUGAAGAAGAGGAGCCAGCAAUAGCAGGAGAACCUUCCUCCAUAGUUCAAGCGCCUGGUGGUGACACGCUCAGGAGAAAUUUUCAACAAAUCCAGGAAGGUAGAACAUUGACACAAACUGAAUCGAAGGAAUCAAAACACAACUGGAAAGCGGAACGAGAGGAAAUACCAGAACCUGGUCCCCCAGCCAGGCCCCCCAUACCACAGAGACUCAUUGUUGUGCCAGAUCCUCACCCCCCAUCGCGACCACUUCCACCUCCACCGAGGGAGGAUCGCCAGCAGAAACCUGCGACUCCUCCUGCAGGAGCCGUGAGCCACCAGCAGCCCUCGUCUGCAGCUCCGCAGCCUCAGCAACGGAACUCACACAUUUUCAAACCCAUGCUUCCUCCAAGAAGACCAGAGGAUUUGGACAUGCUGGCUGCUCAGCUGAAUGAAUUGGGCGUUGCCCAGCCAGAGGCGCCAGCCCGGUCACGGCAGAAUGGAAAGUCUUCGUUGUCGGCUGUUGGAGGAAGUUCAUCGCACAGUGCCCUCCCGGCACCACCCUCUUCCCUUCCGCAGUCCACGUCUUCUAUCCUGGAUGCAGCUGUCGAGUCAGAUUCAGAUGAAGGGGAAGAUGGUAUAGGCGUUCGCAAUGAUGGUACCCUGUUGGCUAGUGACCCCCCGAAACCACUUCCCGAACUUUCUCCUUACAGGCCGCUGGAUGCUUCUCACACGCCCCAGACAAUGGUAAUUCAUGAAGUACCAGAAAUGAAGGUGCAUGUAUAUACAGUGCCUAUUUCUUGUGAAAAUUGCUUCACUGGUUUCGGGGGGUCACUAGCCAACAGGGUACCAUCAUUGCGAACGCCUAUACCAUCUUCCCCUUCAUCUGAAUCUGACUCGACAGCUGCAUCCAGGAUAGAAGACGUGGACUGCGGAAGGGAAGAGGGUGGUGCCGGGAGGGCACUGUGCGAUGAACUUCCUCCAACAGCCGACAACGAAGACUUUCCAUUCUGCCGUGACCGGGCUGGCGCCUCUGGCUGGUGUGUUGAUGUUAGUAUAGACAUGCUCAGCAUUGUAAUGGUUUGCAUUGUAAUGCCCCAGGAUUUGGACAUGCUGGCUGCUCAGCUGAAUGAAUUGGGCGUUGCCCAGCCAGAGGCGCCAGCCCGGUCACGGCAGAAUGGAAAGUCUUCGUUGUCGGCUGUUGGAGGAAGUUCAUCGCACAGUGCCCUCCCGGCACCACCCUCUUCCCUUCCGCAGUCCACGUCUUCUAUCCUGGAUGCAGCUGUCGAGUCAGAUUCAGAUGAAGGGGAAGAUGGUAUAGGCGUUCGCAAUGAUGGUACCCUGUUGGCUAGUGACCCCCCGAAACCACUUCCCGAACUUUCUCCUUACAGGCCGCUGGAUGCUUCUCACACGCCCCAGACAAUGGUAAUUCAUGAAGGUCCUUCAUCAAGUGGAGCCCCGAACAGGCCUCUUCCUCCUACGCCAGAUGAGGAAGAGAGCGGGGACAGAACCCUUGUGAUGAAGAGGAAAGAAGCCUCGGCACGAUUGCAACAGCAGAACCGGCAUUCAGAACUUGAUGAACAGUUGCUACUUAAGGAUUGGGACUUUGCUCGGUUCUUCCAAGGUUUCAAUGAGCGCUUGGACAAAAUGAAGUUGGAAACAAAUAAUUCUGAAGCAAGUGAAAAGAGUGGAAGUCCAGUGAAAAUGCAGCAAUGCAGUGGUAACAAUCAGGAUGUUAGUGCCAACAAAAAGAGUAGUGCAACAUCUGCUGAGAAAAAGAAUCAGCAAAAUCAUGGGAUUGGACCCACUAAAAAAAUUUGUUCCACGGCAGCAGAACAGAAGGGUGUCAUUCCCCAUCAUCGGCGAAAUGAAUCGGAUUCAAGGAUAAGUGGACCUUAUGGUGGUUUCAGGCGAGAGAACUCUGAUUUCUUUCCAGCAUCUUCCAGGCAUUCAGCUGUGUUACUGGAAUCAAAGAAUAAUACAAGUUCUGGAGGUGGGGGUGGUGGUGGCGGUCUCCUGUUCUCAGGAAAUGGGCGUCGUGGUUCAGACAUUGCUGGUGGAGUAUCUGCACUGUCAGGCCUGAAUAUCCUUGCUGGUGGUAAAAAGGGAGGGAGUAGUUCAGGUACCAAGAAUGGAGAACCCAUCCUCACGGAUUUCAGUCUGAACAAAGCUGCCAAUGAACAUGCUUCGGCUAUUGUGGACCAUCCUGUCAGGCCACGUAGGGAGAAAACAGAGGGGGACAUUGUUCUGCUCAGGAAUCGGCAGGAGCUUCGAGACGAACUGCAGGCGAGGCGACUGGAUGUGGAGCAGAGGUUCUCUCGGGAAGCCGAGCGCGCGCAGAGACGUAACAGCCGCCCACUUGUGGACGUGGGAAGCAGCAGUAAUGUUGCCUCUGAGUUUGGUGGUGCAGGUACAGGAGGGAGGGAAGAUUACGGCCUGCGACAGAAUCGUGAGGACCGACGUGGCGACUUCCAUCGCAUGGACUCGUCACCAGGCCAGCUUGGGACUCCUGGAUCCCGCACAAGCUCAGUUUUGCCUGACUUACUUACGCAGACUGCCUCAAGUCCAGGUACCCCAAACCAGAGACAGGACAAAUCUACCAGUGAAGAGUAUCGCCAGGCUGUAUCUAAGUCACCUCCUCAUCCCCUUCAACAGAAACAGCGUUCAUUUCUCACAUUUGGAUUUGGUGCCGGCGGUUCUGGCCCUACACGCCGGGAGUCGCACGUUAACGUAAAUGUGACGCCCACGUCACAUGAUGUGGGCUCCGACACGCCUGAAAUUCGCAAGUACAAGAAGAGGUUCAAUUCUGAGAUACUCUGCGCUGCUCUCUGGGGAGUGAACCUGCUGAUUGGGACAGAGAAUGGUCUGAUGCUGCUAGACCGGAGUGGUCAGGGCAAGGUGUAUCAGCUCAUUUCAAGGCGCCGUUUCCAGCAGAUGGAAGUUCUGGAGGGUCAGAACAUUUUGGUGACCAUCUCGGGAAAGAAGAAUCGUGUUCGCGUCUACUACCUUUCGUGGCUGAAAUCAAAAAUCCUGCGCACGGAUGGGCAAGUUGAGCGUCGAAAUGGAUGGAUUAAUGUAGGAGAUCUCCAGGGUGCUGUUCACUUCAAGAUCGUCAAGUAUGAGCGCAUCAAGUUUCUUGUUAUUGCUCUCAAAGACAGCAUUGAGAUAUAUGCCUGGGCACCAAAGCCUUAUCACAAGUUCAUGGCUUUCAAGUCAUUUGGUGACCUGAUGCAUAGGCCCCUCUUGGUAGACCUCACAGUAGAGGAGGGUACGAGACUCAAGGUGAUCUAUGGCUCUGCAGAUGGUUUUCAUGCUGUGGAUCUCGACUCUGCGUCUGUUUACGACAUUUACAUACCAAAACAUAUACAAGGGCCGAUCUCACCCCAUUGCAUUGUACCACUGCCUAACUCAAACGGGAUGCAACUUCUGCUUUGUUAUGAUAAUGAAGGCGUCUAUGUCAAUACGUAUGGCAAGGUAUCAAAGAACAUUGUUCUGCAGUGGGGAGAGAUGCCAACAUCAGUUGCAUAUAUUGGAACAGGUCAAAUCAUGGGUUGGGGUAACAAGGCCAUUGAAAUCCGCAGCGUCGAGACGGGUCACCUCGACGGAGUAUUCAUGCACAAGAAAGCCCAGAGGCUAAAGUUCCUCUGUGAAAGAAAUGAUAAGGUGUUUUUCUCCUCUGCAAAGGGGGGUUCGUCUUGUCAGAUCUACUUCAUGACAUUAAACAAGCCAGGAAUGGCCAACUGGUGAUAGCCACAGCUCAAAUAAUACAUCACCACAGGGACUUAUAUAAACAGAACUGAGCCAGGAAAUACUCUAGAAUUAGCGAGCCAGUUCAGUUAAGUCACAGAAUGAGAGCUCUGGUGUUGGUGCCAUCAAAUAUGAAACGCUGUUGAGUACUGGAAGCAAAGCUAUGGUGAUUGGUAACUGUUGAAUUCCCUGUUUAACAUUUCAUAUCGUAAUUUAAUACAGUAUUCAUGCAUUGCUUCAGGAGAGCUAAUUUAUAUGACAGAACGUGUCAGAAUAGCUUUCUUUAUAUAAUAGUGACAUAAUCAGAUCGAGCAUGAGGUACCCUACAUAUUUAAAACUUUCUAGCCAGGUACAGCAUUUAAGAUGUAGUUUAGAAGAAUUUGUUUCUGUAUUGCCUUAUUUUAUAUACACUGCAACCUCAGUAUAAUGAGAAUUAUUGAAUUUGUUUAUAUUUUUAUAUCAUCUCAGAAUUAUUGAAGUUCAGGAAAGUUCUUAUUAACUGUAUCUGAGAAUUGUUGAAAUACACAGUCUUCAAGUUUGUCACCAAACUUCUAAUUACUGUGCAAGAAAAUGUUACUCAAGAGGAAAAUGUUAUAUUGGUUGGUAGUACUGGGAAGAGCUUGUCAUAUUAACUUCCCUCCCAGGCCCACUUCUUUCAAACUACAAGAUAAAUGACACAUUCAACACUUUCUGGAAUGCAGACUUUUCUUUCCUGAACUGAAGAGGCACAGAGUAUGCGUUGCUGGUAUGUUUACUGAUUGCCAGCUAUAAAUAGCUUCAUAUUCAAAGUUACGGAACUACAAGUAGAUGGGAUUUGAGGUUCUCGGUGGAAGGUAUGAAGAUGUCUGUCUUCUGGUUUGUUGUGUCAUGUAGUCUGGCAGAAGUUUCCUAGUGUUUCAGAGGUGCUUUCUUUCUCCUGUUGAUGGGGGCAGCAGCAAAUACCCCUGAAAUGUCAGGAAACUUCUACCAGAUUACAUGGCACAACAACCCAGCAGACAGCCAUAUUUGAAGCUAAAAGUAUGUCUGGUGCAACAAGUUUUUGGGAUGGAAGUGGCAGCUAAUUUUGAAAAUGUUCACUAUGUUGUUCCGAGAGAAAGCAACGUGUUCCAAUAAGAAAUUGAUGGUGAUGAUUAUUUUUCUUGCUGUAACGAAGUUCUUGUUAUAGGCCAUAUUCAUUCUAUUGCAGUUACACUGUAUUUAUGUUGUAUUCCAUACAAAAAGUUAAGAUGCAGAAUAUAUUUGUAUUUUGGUUAAAAGACAUUGGCCUGAAAGAAUUCUUCCAUUAAAAUGAAUCGCUGAAAAAAGUUUUAUUUGUAGAAAUGAAAUGUCUGCUUUAGGUUUGACGCCUUUGUACGGAGCACACUUGCAUGUUUUCUUGAGGUAUAUACUUAAUAAUAUCAGAUACAGAUGUGAGAACUGGAAAUUCUGGAGACUGAAAACCACAGACUGUACUAUCACCUCGUAAAUGCGCCUUUACUCGGAAAAUUUGGCAGACUACACACGUCUGAAUCUGAACGUAUGGGUACAAUGAUAUGAAAAUCACCAUACUUCUUGCUUCCAGUAAUUAUGAUACAGUGGGAAUUCAUAGUAACAGGUAAUUGUGCAUUAUGAACGUCAUUAUAUCAAAGGUUUAAUGAAUGUAUUUGUAUAUUAUUUAAGAUAAAAGCAUGUGAUAGGGUUUCAUACUGACAUUAAUGUGUUAGAAACAUUAAUCUGACUUAGCACGAGGAAAAGCAGUGUUUGGUGAAGAACUUCCAGAGACUUAUGAAGUAGCCUCUCUCUGAGUAUUACAUCAAAACAAACUGUUGACCUGAUGAAGAAUGGUUCAUUUUUUAUACACCCCAUGUUGUUACCUCUUGAACUGGUAACAGAGAUCUGCAGUCCCCUCCCCUAAUCUUCAGUGACUGAGAAAUGCAAAUAUGGUGUCCUUAAAUACUUGACUUUAUAUUUUAUAAUAUGUGAUUGGCAUAGGCCAGUUAGCAUCAUAAAAGAAGUGAAAACAAAACUGUUUCAUAGAGAAAGUGGUAGUUUCAAAAUUCUUUUAGCUUUCUUUUGUUUUUAUCGACAAAGAACAUUAAAUUUUCCAUCUCUUGCUUCUGGCCAUGUUGCAGUCACUUAUGAAACUGAUAGAUCAUAGGCCCAUUCAGAAUUUUCAAAUCCUUAUGAGAUUUCUGAUUCUGGGGUCAUUUCAUGUCUUUCAAUUUCAUAUGUAAUACUAUGUUAUAAUGCAAUUUACAUCUGUGAUUCUGUUGUCAACCUCUAGGCUUCCAACUCUGCCAAGUAUAGUUUUGUGCAUAUAUGAAAAAGGAACUGUCGAGAGCAGAUGCCGUCUACGCCUUUCCGUGAAAUGAGCAUGGCUUUAUGUGCGUUAAACCUGAGUUACUCUGAAACUAUUUCAGAAAAAAUUGGUCAACCCUUUAUUUUAAAUUCUGGGAAGUAGCUUAGUUACUAUUAAAAUUAAUCAGCAUUAAAUUUUUUUUUAAUCUGCAGAACCUUCCAUUUCGGUCUAUGUUACGUGGUUACAUAUUUUGAUCCGUGCAUUGUCUUCAGGCCGUCAUGUGUUGCUAUUUGUGCCAGUCAUCUUUUUUUUAUAAUCCUUUAAUUUCUACAAAUGGAUGCAUUUGUAACAUGAGUCAGUCAUGUUUUCUUAUUGACCAGUUUAUUUUACAUAUGAUAUAUUUAUAUUAACUUACUGUUAUACCUGCAUUCCAGCUCUUCUGUAACUACAUCUUAAUUUUUGUUGUUCUGUGUUAGAUUAAUUGUCAUGUUUGUUAUUGUGUCGUCAGUGUUCCUUGCACUGCACGUGUGCAUAAAGCAACUAAUGUUUGUGGCAAGGGAUUGGAAUUGGACAAUAAGACCAUCAACAUAGGUGUUAACAGACAACAUAAGUUGCUCAGCCCAAAGAACUAUUUCAGCAUGUUUAAGCAGCAAGAACCUUGAAGUCUCAUCAGUGGGUAGAAAGAUCUUAGGCACAGCAGUCUUUUUAUUGCCAGUGGGGGUGCACACAGCUUCUGGUAUCAUGUGGGAUAUCGUAUGUAUUUAUGAUUACAUGAUACAUUAUGUUCUUGAUGUAGUUAUUCUGCGCUUUUGUGUCUUAUUGUGCAUCUGUACAUGUGAAAUGUGAAGACCACAGUUAACACUUGAGUUGUUAUCAUUCCCUAUAUACAGUUACUUAUCAGUUCUGUUUUCUUAAUGCAAGGCACUGGACUUUCUGAAGAUGUACUUGAGCGUUAUGGCAGUGACAGUUAACAUUGAGGGUUAACCCUCUGAAACUGAAAUUUAUCUAAAUUCAGUUCGUACCUCAGAGAAAAAACACCACUUCCCAUUACAAGGAUCUAGUUAAUGCUGUUAGGGAAAUAAACCCUGUUUGUAGCGAGAAUUAUAUGAAACGAGUAAGGUUGUUACUUGAGGUCUGGUAUAAACGGUGACAUUCCAAAUCCAAACAGUUAAUAUAAUAUGAAUGUCUUACUAGAAUGGCUUUUGGUUUGAAAAUACAAACAUUACUCACGGCGAGUUGCGUAUAGUAUUCCAAGAAUUCUGGUAGAGCGUUUCGUAGUUGGUUGCCUCCAUUAAUAUUACCCUGAUGAUGGACGAGGCAGACACCUCUAAAAUGUCUGUCAACUUCUACCAGAUUACAGGGCACAACAACCCAGAAGACAACCAUUUUUUUACUCCCUGCCAUUGCCUACCACCACUCAAUUGAAACUUUUUUUUUUUGAUUGAUUGAUUGAUUAAAAAAUUCUGG